GUGAAUCUUCAGCUGUGUGAAUGAUGGCGUGCCUGUUGGAGGCCCCUUUACGCAUCAGCGUGUUAUCCGAAGUCACAGCCACGAGUCGCCACUAUGUUGACCGGCUUUUCGACCCUGACCCACAGAACGUGCUACAGGGAGUUAUUGACAUGAAGAAUGCCGUCAUUGGAAACAACAAGCAGAAAGCCAACUUGAUCGUGCUGGGAGCCGUACCGAGACUCCUGUACCUUCUCCAGCAGAGCUCAUCCAGUCUAGACUUGAGGACUGAAUGUGCAGUCGUUUUGGGCAGUCUGGCCAUGGGUACUGAAAACAACAUCAAGUCCCUGGUGGACUGUCACAUCAUCCCAGCCCUGCUGCAAGGUCUCUUGUGUUCUGAUUUGAUCUUUAUUGAGGCGUGUCUGCGCUGUUUAAGAACUGUUUUCAUCAGUCCAGUCACACCAGUGCAGCUGCUCUACACAGACCCCACUGUGAUCCCCCAUCUCAUGUCCCUGCUGAGUCGAUCACAGCACACACAGGAAUACAUCACACAAAUAUUCGCCCACUGCUGCAAGACUCCGGAACAUCAGACGGUUUUGUUCAACCAUGGUGCCAUCCAGAACAUUGCUCCUCUGCUCAUCUCUCCCUCCUUUAAGGUACGGAUGCAGGCAUUGAAGUGUUUCUCAGUCUUGGCCUAUGAGAAUGCUCAGGUCUCCAUGACGCUGGUGAAUGUGCUUGUAGAUGGAGAGCAGCUCUCUCAGGUUUUUGUCAGAAUGAUGCAGAGGGACAAACCCAUCGAAAUGCAGCUCACAGCUGCCAAAUGUUUAACAUACAUGUGUCGAGCAGGAGCCAUCAGGACAGAUGACAGCUGUGUUGUACUAAAGACUCUGCCGUGCCUGGUGAGGAUGUGCAGUAAAGAACGGUUACUGGAGGAGCGGGUGGAGGGGGCCGAGACUCUGGCCUACCUGAUGGAGCCCGACAUAGAACUACAGCGGAUUGCCAGUGUCACCGAUCACCUCGUGUCAAUGCUGGCUGACUACUUUAAAUACCCGAGCUCUGUCAGUGCCAUUACAGAUAUUAAGAGGUUGGACCAUGACUUGAAACAUGCACAUGAGCUCAGACAGGCAGCGUUCAAACUCUACGCGUCGCUGGGCUCCAAUGACGAGGACAUCAGGAAGAAGAUCACAGAGACGGAGAACAUGAUGGACAGGAUCGUUAGCGGCCUAUCAGAAUCCAGUAUAAAAGUACGGUUAGCAGCAGUCAGAUGUCUGCACAGUUUAUCACGAUCUGUACAACAGCUAAGAACGAGUUUCCAUGAUCACGCAGUAUGGAAGCCACUAAUGAAGUUACUACAGAACGCACCAGACGAGGUGCUGGUUAUGGCCUCUUCAACACUAUGCAACCUUUUGUUGGAGUUUUCCCCCAGCAAGGAGCCUAUCUUAGAGUCAGGCGUCAUCGAGUUACUUUGCAGCCUCACACAAAGUGACAGUCCUGCACUGAGAGUCAAUGGCAUCUGGGCUCUCAUGAAUAUGGCCUUCCAGGCAGAUCAGAAGGUGAAGGUGGAGAUAGUUCGAGCUUUGGGCACAGAACAGCUCUUCAGACUCCUUUCUGACCCUGAUACCAAUGUACUUAUGAAAACACUUGGGCUGCUACGAAACCUGCUCUCCACCAGACCAAUAGCUGCAUUGCCCGACGCAGCGGGUGGAGAUGAUGGAUCGACACACCGCCAUGGCGCAGGCGAGCAUAUAGACCAGAUCAUGAGCUCACACGGCAAACAGAUCAUGCAAGCAGUCACCCUAAUCCUAGAGGGAGAGCACAGCAUAGAGGUCAAAGAACAGACUUUGUGCAUAUUGGCCAACAUCGCUGACGGAAACACUGCCAAGGAACUCAUUAUGACCAAUGAUGACAUGCUCCAAAAAAUCAAAUAUUACAUGGGUCACUCCAACGUGAAGCUGCAGCUAGCCGCCACUUUCUGUAUCUCCAACCUCAUCUGGAAUGAGGAGGACGGUUCACAAGAGAGACAAGACAAAUUAAGGGAGAUGGGCUUUGUUGAUAUCUUACACAAACUCACCCAGGCAUCAGAUCCUAACCUCUGUGACAGGGCAAAAACGGCGAUGCAGCAGUAUUUGGCAUGACCUCGUAGGAAGGUGCAACUAUGGCCUCACUAACAAUCUCUAGGAGGAUCAUGUCUCCUGUGGUUUUGUUUUAGAUUUGGGUUUCAUUUUGGCUCUUCCUUUUUGUUUUGUUGCACAAGACACCUUUAGUUGUGGAGACACCCGAACAAUUCUGCAAAUCAGAGAUGCGGUUAACGGGCCACAGCUUCAUUUGGACUUUCAGCUACGUUGGCUUAAUAUGUUUUCUGCUGAACUCUUGGAACAAUUUUUUUUGUUUUGUUUUUUGGACUUAAUGUGAAGGGGAAAGAAACUUCCUCAAAGUGUGUUGCAGCGCCACCUGGUGGUUUGGAGACUUUGAUGCUUUGGACUCUCUUUGGAGAAAGCUGACCGACCUCUCAGCGCUAAGCUUAUAGGAGCUUAGUCUCCUUAUUUUGGUUUGCUGAUUUAUUAUUGAUGAUAUUAUUAUAACAAUAAUUAUUAUUAUUUUAAUUGGGAUUUUGACACAAGGUUAGAAAAAAAGACUGCUUGCUUUUGUUCUUUUUUGUGGAUACAUACCUCGUAAAUAUAUAUAAAUAUAAAUAUAUAAAUAUAUUUUUUGGAUUUGUAAUUUACCCUUUCAUGUUUUUUUUUCCCCCCUUUGAAAUUUUCCUCUGUAAUAUAGGCUGAUGUGGUUAUAUAUGUAGAGGCAGCAUGUUGGGUCAUAAGAAAAUUUCAUAGAAACCAGCCAUCCCUAAAUAGAAGGUGCAAGUUUGUUUGCACUUACCACUGGUUUUUUGUUUCAAAAUUUUAAUUCUCUUGAUCUUUGAGAAUAAGUCUCCCACACCCCACCCCAAUAACUCCCUCUUUUGAUGCUCUAUAGUGAAUGUUUCCACUCAAAUAUAUGCAGGCCUCUGCCAUGGAGCACCCCA